GGCGUUCUUCACGCAACAUUCAUGCCCUCGUAGCUGCACCGUAAUCGCCGAGUAGUUACCGGCGGCGAUUGCGUCGUGUCCAAAGUUCUUCGCGCCUUCCAUUGAGCGUCGCGGAGGCUUUCGGCGAGACGUGGGGGCAAUGACGUCACGAUGGAAGAGCUCGACGAAAACACCAGCGGCAGCAGCAGUGGUGACAGCGAUGAGCCGACGACGAACGACGACGCUAAUCCACGUGUCGCUCCGCAGGAGCAGCGCUCCGAUUCUGAAACCUCUGACACAUUCGUCGACGAGGAUAACCUUGGCAGGGACGGGCAUCGCAGGAGGACGAUGACGUCGUACGGACGAGAGUUGUUCUUCGUUACGCUCUUGCUCCUGGCGAGCUGGGCGGCGUUGCACGAAACGGCCAAGAAGACGCGACCGGCGUCGCCUCCUCGACGCUUCUUUGCAAAACAUUCGCCCGUCAAUGACUCCUACAGAGGUCAGCUGGACCCGGAGCGGGUGCACAGGUACGACGUGUCCCUCGUCCUGUACUACGCGCCCUGGGACGCCGCUAGCAUGCGGGCCCGCGACGCCUUCGAGUACCUGGCGUACCGGUACCGGGGCCAGUUCGCCUUCGGCGCCAUCAACUGCUGGUGGCCCAACGGCCGCUGCCGAAAGCGCCACUCGCUCUCGCACUACCCCAUCGUCGUGGCGCACGUCCGAGACUUCGGAGACAUCGUCUUUCCCACGAACGUGACGCCCACGAUGCGGACGCUCGACGGCUUCCUGCAACACGUCUCGGCGCCGCUGGUGCGCGUGACAAGCGCCGUCGACCUCGCGGUUCUGCUUCGACGCCACACGGCCGUGGUCCUAGGGACCGUGGGCGACCCCAGGGGUCGCGCGUACGAGAGCUUCUACGGGUUCGCGUUGCAGGCCCUCACUCGUGACCCCUGGCGGGACGUGGCGUUUGCCGUGGCCGUGGACGGCCGUGCCGCCGUGGAGAUUGGCGUCGAGCACUCUGUGACGCUGUUCACCUGGAACGCGUCGUUGGGUUACAAUGAAAAAGGUGCGGACUACAAGACUGCACUUGAUUGGACGUUCAACAAAGCUCGUGAGGCUCGAACACUUCACUGGGUGUCUCCCUCUGGCCUGAAAAGCAGGAGUCUUUCGAAGCUCAUUGAGAACCAGUCAACGCUCAUCCUUUAUGCGGAGCAUGGCAGCCCAGAAUACUUUCAGAUGCAUCAGCUGUCCCAGGACUACAAGGCGUGUGACCUCAAAGGCCGCUUCUCAGGCCUCAGCUGCCGGACUAACAGCACUGUCAAUUUUGUGGCUCUGGACGGGAGGCACACGGAGUUUGCGCCACCUGGCCUCCUCUCUGAUGGCAUCCCUACCGCCGUCAUUUAUGCUGCGAAGGAUGAAGCCCAGUAUGUUAUUCGUGGACCCGUGACCGCGCCCACAUUAAAAAAGCUCGUCGUCGACUUUGCUGACCGCGUCUUGGACCGCCACUUAAACUCGGUUGGACCGGAUUCGAUCGUGCUGGGUGGCACUCACGGCCUUGUUGCUGAACUCAGCAGCAAGGGCUUCCGGAAGCUGAUGUUGGACACUACACGGGAUGCAGUUGUGCUAUUUUAUGCAUCUUGGUGUGGCUUCUGCAAGGCCAUCUAUCACCACUUCUUUGCUGCGGCAAAGUUCUUCAGAGGUUUCAAAGGCCUCAUCUUUGCUAGGGUCGAUGCAUUCAAGAAUGACCUGCCCUGGGAGUUCACUGUACAACAGUAUCCCACCGUCAUUUUCUUUUCGCGCAAAAAAGCGGACAGCGUCCAGUAUUCUGGCUACAUCACCACUACGCGGCUUGUACGCUUCGUGUUGCGACACCUUCGCCACGAGGUGGCGAGGCAGCUGGUGAAUACGCUGUGCGAUUCGCGAAUCUGCCUUCUGCGAAGCUUACGCAAGCUGCAGGCAUGGCGGCUACGCUGCUCAAGACUGAACCUGCCUCCGUCGAGGCUGGCAGAAACACACCGUAGGGAAAAGACGUUACGCAACUUGUUGCUGACUCGGCUACGACGGAGAGGGCGCUCAUGAUGUUUGUCGUUGUCGUAGGGCAUUUUUUACAAUUUUGUGUAAAAUUUACCGUGGACACGAAUAGCAGUGGUGCAACGGCUGCCAUUCUUUCGAGCAACGAAUUUUUUUGAGACUGCAGUGCGCGUAGCAUGGACUACUUUGUCUUGUAGCUUCGAACGUUGGUGCCUGCAUGCCACGUGACUUUUCAAAGAGACAGUGCUCGCCGACUGCAUCCUGCCUGAAGAAGCGUUCGUCGUCGACAGUGUUUUAUAUGACGCACAUCCGUCGUGGCAUUGCAGAGUGCUUGCCAUUGCUAAGCACAAUGCAACGAGAUUACUGUGUGAGGGGAGACUCCCUGUAAUGAAAACGUCAGCGCUGCAAUUCUGUCAGCGUCGCGCACACAUCACUUUUCCAGCCCACAUGCGAAGGGGGCUGUCUUCAGCACGACCAUUUUUGGGAGUUCGAAUGCCUUUUGUAGCAAAUGUAGUGUCCUGUUUUUGAAAUGAUUGCUCCGAUAGCUGGGUCACUGUGGUUUACAUAAUCCGUUUUGAAAGAUGGUGCUGCAAACGUUUUCUUACUAGAAGUUAUGAAUUGAGAUGCUCAGAUGUCGAAGACAUUAAUCGAAUGCAGCCACUGCUUCUUUCACAAUACUGUGACGGUGGCAAAGGUGUAUAAAGGCUUUAGUGUGUUGUUGACCAGCAGAACCUAUUUUCUUAGAUUGCAAAAAACUCUAAGAAAUGUCAUGGAAUUGUGUCAAGCACCGAAAUGACGCUUCUGUCACAGAUUGUAUUUCUGUAGCAGCUCACUGCAGCAUUUCCUGGCCGUGCGGCCAUUGUGCAAUCAUCAGCCCUCUAAUUUAGAAACAUCCUGGUGAGAUUCAAAUGAAAUGCUUUAUUGUAAUUUCUUUUAUUUUUGUCAAUAGUUAUAUUGUCUAUUGUCGCUUAGAAUGAUUGACUGGAGUUUGCUCUGUCAGCAUCUGUAUACCUUGUUUGUCUUUAGUCUUUUAGGAUGAAGGCCGUUAGAUAUUGAUUACUAAUUUAAUGUUGCGACUUUGUUAUGGUGAUGGAUUUCUUGGUUUAGCAGGGAGAAAGCAAUAUACGUUGUGGCCUUGCCUUCUUGUUAUAGGUUUUUCGGUGAUUUAAGAAACAUUGGAUUUCAUUAAUGCUUGUUACUUUGAGUCAGCAUUGCGUGUGAGAUAAUUUUUAAUUUUAUUUUGAGACUGAACUUAUCCGAUUGUCUUGCAAUGUCUAUUUAUGGAGCUAUAUUGUCUUUUAAAUAGAUAAAUCCAUGCCGUACUAUCUGACGAUAGAAAACAUGUGAAAGUGACUUAACAGCUUAGUAACGAUGGAGGUAAGGAUGAGCAUUAAAUGCCUGCUAUAUUUCACUUUAAUUCUCGCUUCUGAGUUUAUAAAUUUUUGCUUUGAGUUUUGACUGCAAACACAGUGUUGCACAAAUGUUGGGAAUCUGAAGCACUAGAAAUUUGAACUGCUCACAAUGCAUUCUGUAACCAUCCAUGAGCUAUUCAGUAAUAAUUUCUUAUAUCUUUUUUCUACAUUAUAUAAUGACUGCAUAAUUAGCAGAGUAUCUGUGAGCUGGUAAAUCCAUGUUUAGAAUUGUUGCAGACUGGCCAGGAAAGACAAUCAUGCUUGAAAAAACUCAAAUGACUCGCAUUUUCUUGGCAGUGCUAUAGAUCUGUGCAGUUUGUCUACAAAUGCAUUACUGUUCAGUAUGUGAUAAGAGACCAAGCCAUGCAUGAAAUAUGUUACGCCCGAUCACUGUAUUUCACCGUUCUCAGAUCAUGCUGGCAAGAUUUAUCAUUUUUUAUGGUAAAGUUAUUUUUCAGAGGCUAGGCUGCUAAGCGAUUACAGGAAGAAGUGAAAACAUAUGCCUUUUUUUCUGCUGUUUCUGCUGUCAUUUUGUAUUUGUGAAGCUGUCACUGUUAACACAAUGGGCAGCUGUUUCCCAUCUACUUUUUAGCAUAAUGGAUUAUUUCAAGAAAAAUCUUGCCUUUUAUGAUUACGGCCAGAUAUAAUGGGAUACAAGGAGUUCUCUUGAAGGUAAAUUUCUGUUGGCUGAGCUGUUCCAUGACACACGUUGCUAAGGUUGAGAGUACCUCUAGGUGUUUUCAGAUAUCCAGUUUUAUGUGGGUAUGAUUCAACAUUUCAUAGCUGGUACAACAGGACACUGUGUUGACAGUAUCCUUCGGGUUAGUGGGAUAUUCCAUUUCUUAAUAGUCCUAAUAUGGCUUGUUUCCAUAGUCACUGUACUAAGAUAUCACUAGUGAUAGUUUAGCUUGCCUUGUGUCUACUGGUUUGAGACAAGAUGUUUUCUGGGGGCUCAGUUGUAGCAGUUUUAUUGCAAAAAUGAAAAUUGGUUAUUUGACAGAUUAGUCAAAACAUUUCAGAAUGCAAGCAAUGUGUUUAUUAACACUGCUUUUCUCAUGCUAUGCAGAGAGUUUGCAAUGCCUGCUGGAACAAAAUUGCACGACAAUGAUAGAAAUUAAGUUAUGAAGAAAAUUCUCUAUGAAAGCAUUGAGCAAUAUAAUUUUUAGUGGCACCUACAGUGUGCCAUGCCGUAUUAGAAUUUAAAUCUUUUCGAACUGUCCUGAAAAAAAAAAAAAAAGAAGUAAUAAAUGAGAUGCUCCCACCGUCAAACGAUGUGUGAACCAUGAAUGUCGAAUAGGCCGCGUGUAAUUAUGAGUGGUCUCCAAAUGUGUAAAAGUGAUAUUUCCUCAUUCUCACUGUGCAGCAAUGUUCGUAAGACCUUAUAGAUUUUGCCAGAUUUAUGUUUCUAAAUAGUGAUUAGCGCUAAAUUUUGGUCUGCUAAUUGGCGAAGACAAGUAGAGCUCAAGUGGCAAAACUUGAGGCACUCAUGAGUGCCCUGUUUGCUUGUCUUCUACCUUAAUCCUUGUGAAGCAUUGCACGUGAACACACAUGAACCAAUCAGGUACAUGUACUGUCUUGUAAUGUAAUGUAAGUAAUGGACCCCUGUGAGAGCAUUGCUAGACUACACUGAACUGCAUCACUGUGCCAACUACUUCCUCGCCACUUGAGCUCGCAUCGUGCUGAGACCCACACAGUGUGCGUGUGUGACCUAUGUUACUCACCAGCAUGACUGUUUGCUCAGUCCGAUGUGCUGCGCUACUCCUUGGCGAGUUCUGUAUAAGCUUAGGAUAUAGCCAAAAUCAUGCCAAACCAAUAAAGGACAGACAUGCACGCUGCGUGGGCAUCGCAGAUAAGCUCAAGUGGCGAGGAAGUAGGUGGCAUUGCGAUGCACUUCAACAUAGUUCGGCCACUUGCUCACAGAGGUCUGUUACUUUUGCUCAUAAGUACAUCCAAGACAUGAGGUCUUCAUGAACAUACAAUACUUGAACACACAAGGACACAAUGAAAAUUUACGUGCCAAACUGUGGUUAGUAAUUCAGCAUUUAUUACUGCAAUAUUUUUAGGUGGCCUCCUGCAGAAGAGUAUAGUGACCACUAAUGCCAUCUGUGAACAAAUUUUUCAUGAGAAACUUUACAUUUUGUAUCACCAUAACAUUCUAGUUUAUUACUAUACCUACCUCAAGACGUUUUCAAAUUUUUUAUGAUGAUGCUAACCCGAAGGCUUUCUUCUAUUUGUAUCUUCCCUAUUUUUUAAUAUUUUUUGGUAUGUUCAUGUCUGAUUGCUUAGUUAUGCUCCUCGAAGUUUUCACUUGUUCCAUGCUUAUUAUGGAACAUAAAAAAAUCAGGAGUGGUCAAGUCAGGGCAAGUCGGAAUGGUAUUCACGCCCACUUUAUCAUGUUUUUUCACUGCCACUACGAGCCACUAGUUCUCGCCACAUACUAGUGCUAGAUCACAUGCAUCUGUAAUGGUUUCCUGCUUUGCAUAUGCAUGAGGCUGGGAAUUUCAUACUUGCCAACAGGGGUGUUUCUGAGUUCUCGCUAUACGUUGAAAGCUCCUAUUUCCCUCUUCAGUUGUUUUAUAAGCACUGGUUCUAACUUUUGGUCAUUCGUGUUUCAUGCAGACUGCAAGUCUCUGUUCUGUGACAUGUUUUCUUUUACGUGACAUUCAAUUUAAAGUGCUGGUAUUUGGUGACGCCACAUCAAUUAACUUUGUGCUCAGACUUUGUUCCGUUGAGUAGCGUCUGCAGUGGCUGCCGUUGGUGUUGCUGCAUGUGGCAUGUCUGUGCAUGGUGCAGGAAAUUUUGUGCCUUACUUUGGGACAAACCCUAUUACUUUCUCUGUACAGUCUGCCUCAAUUUUGUGGGGUGGUGAUUAAAUGGAUAGCGUUUCGUCAAACUUUGUGCCAGCCACUUCAGGAAUGGUUCAUUAUGUCUUCUAAUGUAUGAUUAUUAUUCUUGCAUAAGUCAGAAUGCAGUGGUGCUUUUCUAAAGUCAUUCCUGUACCUUCAACGACUUUUCCUGGGGAGUGUGUUGGGCUGGUCAAUACAAAUAAUUUAAAUAAACUGCUCGCAUCUC